AUGGAUUCCAUUCCGAGAACUCAUGAAGAUAUCGAAGCACAGAUAAGAGAGAUUCAAUCAAAGAAAAAGGAAAUUUUAUCGACUGCGUCGGAAAAGGAACAAGUUGGUUUAGGAAAAACUGGUUUCUACGAUCAAGAUAUUUAUGAUGGCAGUAACAACAAAUACGACGGCUAUGUUACUUCAAUUGCCGCAAAUGACGAAAUUGAGGAUUACGAUCCAUUUGCGGAUAGACGAAUACCCACCUUAGCUGAUAGGCAGGAAGAGAAGGAUUAUGAUCCAUUUGCAGACAGACGACGGCCAACUAUAGCCGAUAGAGAAGAUGAAUACAGACAGAGAAGACAAAGAAUGAUUAUUUCUCCUGAACGCGUCGAUCCUUUUGCGGAAGGUGGCAAGACUCCCGAUGUCGGUUCCAGAACGUAUACUGAAAUUAUGCGAGAACAGAUGCUCAAAGGCGAGGAAAUAGAGUUGAGGAAACGAUUAGCUGAGAAAGCUAAGGAUGGUAGCUUGAAAGCUAAUGGCGAGCCUAAACUAGCCCCGAAGAAGAGGGGACGCUGGGAUCAGACGGAUGAUGCUCCAAUAGCAAAAAAAGUAUCUGGUACUGCAGCAACUCCAACAUCAUGGGAUAAUGCAGAUGUGACACCAGCUGCCAUUAGAUGGGACGAAACUCCAGGCCAUGGCAAAGGAGCAGAAACCCCUGGAGCCACUCCAGGUGUGAGCACGAGAAUGUGGGACGCCACGCCAGCUCACGCAACACCAGGGGCUGUCACUCCGGGCAGGGAGACUCCUUCGCACGAAAAAAUUGUGUCGAGUCGAAGGAAUCGUUGGGAUGAAACUCCAAAAACUGAACGAGAAACUCCCGGUCAUAACAGUGGCUGGGCGGAGACUCCAAGGACUGACCGGGUGGCUGGUGAUCUGAUACAGGAAACACCGACACCUUCGGCGAGCAAGCGGCGAAGUCGAUGGGACGAGACACCGUCGAAUCAGACGCCAGGCUCGAUGACGCCGCAGACACCGGCGACACCUCUCGCGACGCCCCAUCAAACGACGAUACUGACUCCGAGUGCUGUCACACCAACAGGACCCAAAGCAAUGGGUUUGGCCACUCCGACUCCGGGCCACUUGAUGUCCAUGACACCUGAACAGUUGCAGGCUUAUCGUUGGGAGCGCGAGAUAGAUGAGCGAAAUAGACCCUUGUCUGAUGAUGAGCUGGACGCAUUGUUUCCACCCGGCUACAAGAUCUUGCAGCCACCAGCAGGAUACAUACCAAUCCGCACUCCUGCUAGGAAGCUCACCGCGACGCCCACACCCAUUGCCGGCACGCCUCAAGGGUUCUUCAUCCAAACGGAGGACAAGAGCGCCAAGUACGUGGACAAUCAACCGAAGGGCAAUCUGCCGUUCAUGAAGCCGGAGGACGCACAGUACUUCGACAAGCUGUUGGUCGAUGUGGACGAGGAAACGCUGAGCCCCGAGGAGCAAAAGGAGAGGAAGAUCAUGAAGCUCCUGCUGAAAAUUAAAAACGGGACUCCGCCUAUGCGCAAAGCCGCCUUGAGGCAAAUCACCGACAAGGCAAGGGAAUUCGGCGCCGGGCCGCUUUUUAAUCAAAUCCUCCCGCUUCUCAUGUCGCCUACUCUCGAGGACCAGGAACGCCAUUUGCUGGUCAAAGUCAUCGAUCGCAUUCUGUAUAAAUUAGACGACUUGGUACGACCGUACGUGCACAAGAUUUUGGUCGUAAUCGAGCCUUUACUGAUCGACGAGGACUACUAUGCUCGCGUCGAAGGUAGAGAAAUAAUAUCGAAUCUGGCAAAAGCCGCAGGAUUAGCGACAAUGAUCUCCACAAUGAGACCGGAUAUUGAUAACAUCGAUGAAUACGUGCGCAACACGACCGCGAGGGCGUUCGCCGUUGUUGCGUCCGCUCUUGGAAUACCGUCGCUGCUUCCGUUCUUGAAAGCCGUUUGUCGCAGUAAGAAAUCCUGGCAAGCACGGCACACCGGUAUCAAGAUUGUCCAGCAAAUAGCAAUCCUGAUGGGCUGCGCUAUCUUGCCGCACUUGAAGAGCUUAGUAGAAAUUAUAGAACAUGGCUUGGUGGACGAGCAGCAGAAAGUACGAACGAUUACUGCGUUAGCGAUCGCGGCGCUGGCCGAGGCAGCAACACCAUACGGCAUCGAGAGCUUCGACUCGGUGCUAAAGCCACUUUGGAAGGGUAUCCGCACGCAUAGAGGAAAAGGUUUGGCGGCUUUCCUAAAAGCCAUUGGCUACCUCAUUCCUCUGAUGGACGCGGAGUACGCGAAUUAUUACACCAGGGAAGUGAUGCUGAUUCUCAUUCGUGAAUUCCAAUCUCCCGAUGAGGAAAUGAAAAAAAUUGUGUUGAAGGUAGUGAAGCAAUGCUGCGCGACCGAUGGUGUGGAGGCUCAAUACAUAAAGGACGAGAUCCUGCCGCAUUUCUUCAAACACUUCUGGAACCACCGCAUGGCAUUGGAUCGCAGAAAUUACAGACAGCUGGUGGACACGACGGUAGAGAUAGCUAACAAAGUGGGCGCGUCGGAGAUUAUCAAUAGAGUAGUGGACGAUCUGAAGGACGAGAAUGAGCAGUACAGGAAAAUGGUUAUGGAAACUAUCGAGAAGAUAAUGGGCAAUCUAGGAGCGGCGGAUGUCGACUCACGUCUGGAGGAGCAGCUCAUUGACGGAAUUUUAUACGCUUUUCAGGAGCAGACGACCGAGGACGUCGUGAUGUUGAACGGUUUUGGCACGAUCGUGAACACGUUGGGGAAAAGGGUGAAGGCAUACCUUCCUCAAAUAUGUGGUACGAUAUUGUGGAGAUUGAAUAACAAGUCCGCAAAGGUCAGACAGCAGGCUGCGGAUCUCAUCUCGCGCAUAGCAGUCGUCAUGAAGACUUGUCAGGAGGAAAAAUUGAUGGGACACUUGGGAGUCGUUCUGUACGAAUAUCUAGGCGAGGAAUAUCCGGAGGUGCUAGGCAGUAUUCUCGGAGCAUUGAAGGCCAUCGUUAACGUUAUAGGAAUGACGAAGAUGACGCCACCCAUCAAGGAUUUGCUACCAAGGCUCACACCUAUUUUGAAGAACAGACACGAAAAGGUACAAGAAAAUUGCAUCGACCUGGUGGGCAGAAUCGCAGACCGAGGUCCCGAGUACGUAUCCGCUCGCGAAUGGAUGAGAAUAUGUUUCGAAUUGUUGGAGUUGCUGAAGGCGCAUAAAAAGGCUAUUAGAAGAGCGACAGUAAACACUUUCGGUUAUAUCGCGAAAGCUAUCGGGCCGCACGACGUACUGGCGACACUUCUGAAUAAUCUGAAGGUUCAGGAACGUCAGAAUCGCGUGUGUACCACAGUUGCUAUCGCCAUCGUCGCUGAAACUUGCAGCCCCUUUACGGUGUUACCCGCGUUGAUGAACGAGUAUAGGGUACCUGAACUGAACGUUCAGAACGGAGUAUUGAAAUCCUUGUCGUUUCUGUUCGAGUAUAUAGGCGAAAUGGGCAAGGAUUAUAUCUAUGCCGUCAGUCCGUUGCUAGAAGACGCACUCAUGGACAGGGAUUUAGUACAUAGGCAGACUGCCUGUGCCGCCAUCAAGCAUAUGGCAUUGGGCGUUUACGGAUUUGGAUGCGAAGACGCGUUAAUACACUUAUUGAAUCACGUGUGGCCAAAUGUUUUCGAAACCUCACCGCACCUGGUUCAAGCGUUCAUGGACGCCGUGGAUGGAUUACGCGUUGCGCUUGGUCCAAUCAAGAUAUUGCAGUACACGCUUCAAGGUCUAUUUCAUCCAGCCAGAAAGGUCCGCGACGUCUAUUGGAAGAUCUACAACUCUCUUUACAUAGGCGGACAGGAUGCUCUCGUCGCCGGUUAUCCGCGGAUCAUGAACGAUCCGAAAAAUCAAUACAUAAGAUACGAAUUGGAUUAUGUGUUAUAAUAGGCAACGCGUUUAGUUUAGAGAGAAGCACAAUAACCACGUAAUUCUAAUGAUUUAUAUCAAGUAUUCACGAGGAAUAUAAAGUAAUACUAUAGCGGGAGGAUUGAUUUAAACAUAAUUUGGAAAUUUGUUUAUCGAAAACUUGGAACCUUAGUUUUGUCCACUCGGAAAGCUCUUGGAUCGUAACGUUUUAUAGAAUAUAAUUUAAUUGAAUUUGGUGUAUAAAUUAAGCGUAUCUAUAAUGUAAAUGUGCUGCUAAGGCAUUAUAUAUUCAACAUAGAUUAAUAAAUAUGUAUACCUUAAGAUAUACAGAUAAAUGUUAUAUGUAUAAGGAUAUAAAAUUCAUCAUUUUUAUAUUUAUUUCUGAAUAGAAAUUUCGCGCAAUAAUAUAAGGACAUACCAAGAUUAAAACGGA